GUUUUGCAUAAAAGAUAAAAAAUGGAAACAACAAAAUCUUCUAAUUACCGGAAUGACCUGAUGAAAGGGAGGAUUCGCGCAGAAAAGAAGUCGUCAUCGAAUAUUGUUCGGAUAUUUGUCAGUUCAACAUUUUCAGACCUGACGGAUGAGAGGAAUGUACUUUACACUCAUGCCUACCCAGAAUUGAGGAACUUCUGUCAAAGUCUUGGACUUGAGUUUCACGCAAUUGACAUGAGAUGGGGAGUCAGAGAUACUGCAUCUGUUGAUCACUCAACGACUGCUCUCUGUUUACUUGAAGUUCAAAACUGCAAACGGAUUUCUUUGGGUCCUUAUUUUGUGGUAUUCUUUGGAAACCGAUACGGAUAUCAACCUCUUCCUAAUUCAAUACCGGAUACAGUGUUUACGCAGCUUCAUCAUGUUGCCAUUGAACUGGGAAUGGACAAAGGUGGUUUAUUAGACAAAUGGUAUAAACUUGAUACCAAUAGUAUUCCCCAUGCAAGAAUACUUGAACCAAUCACAAAAAUUUACUCGCAUUUUGAUGACAUCACAAAGGAAUUUGAAAAGGAAAGAGAGGCUGAUAGACAAGGAUGGAAUACGACCUUCAAAGAACUGUCAACAGUCAUCAAAGACACGGCCAAUAUCGCUGCAGACCGAGGGCUAGUCCCUCGGGACGUUAAAGCGGGAUUUUCCAAAUCAAUCACGCAGAUGGAAAUAGAAGAAGGACUACAGAAUCGUGAAGGGGGAUUUCUAGCAUACAACCGUGAAAUAUCAGAUUUGCUAAAACACACUGGUGAAUCAAAAGCAGGGAUCUAUGUAGAUAUGAUAGACGGAGAAGACACAAUAGACAAAGAAAGACAAAAACUGUUAAAAAAUCUGAAGAAAAAUGUAAAACAACGCACUGAAGGUAAAAAGAUGUUCAAAAAAUAUGAUGUAACAUUUAAGCAAUUGGAAGCAGUUUAUUCUGAUGCUGAAGAUGUAGGUAAAGGAAAGUAUUUAGACGUCCUGAGUGGAGAUUUUGUAUCAGACAUCAAAAGAAUUAUUGUGAAAUGUAUGGAGGACAAAAAACAACAUGCAAAAAUGUUGAUGGCUGAUGACUCACUUUUAGAAGAAGUUGGUCACCAUGCAAAUUUUGAAGUUUUGAAAACCACAGAUUUCUGUGGACGAGAACAAUUGAUUGGCGAAAUAUCUGAUCUCAUUAACGAUCCGCACAAUCAGCAUCCCAUAGUAUUGGUUGGAAGUUCUGGGAGUGGAAAAACAUCACUCAUGGCAAAAUUAGUCGAGAAAGAACGAAAUCGUUCAUCGGAAUCUUUCGUUGUAUACCGGUUCCUAGGGACUUCACCAGAUUCAUCUAACAUCCAUAAAUUGCUUACGAGUCUGAUAUUGCAAAUAUCCACAGCAUAUGGAGAAGAUUUACCACCGUCAUUCAGGCUUCAAAACUUUGCCGAUGUUGUCGAGUUAUUUUCCAAGCUUUUAAAGGACAUUUCCAAACUUAUAGAGAAAAACAAUGACAGCCGAACAUUGACGAUAUUUUUAGAUUCUAUAGAUCAAUUAUCAAUUGAAGACGGUGCUCACAGGAUGACAUGGUUGCCAAAGAUCAUUUCAGGGAAUGUAAGAGUUGUAAUAUCUUCACUCCCAGAGCCGGACUUUGAAAUCGUUCCAACAAUGAGGAAAUAUGUUCCUGAAUCAAACAUGAAGAACGUUAACAGCUUAAAUGUUGAAACAGCAAAGGAAAUUUUGCAGAAAUGUCUUGGGAAUGUCAAUCGAUGCCUUACGGAAACACAAACCAAAAUAAUUUUAUCUGCGUUUGAGAAAUCACCCUUUCCUUUGUUUUUAAAGCUUAUGGUAGAAGAAGCUAAAAAGUGGCGCUCACACGACAAUGUUGAUGACCUUGUUCUGGCAGAAACGUCACGAGAGGCAAUUUCCAAUUUUUAUGACAGACUGGAGAAAGAUCAUGGAAAAAUGUUUGCAUCUCGGGCGCUUGGAUAUCUUGUCGCAGCGAGGGAUGGGGUAACAGAAAAUGAGUUACAGGAUCUUCUUUCUCUCGACGACGAAGUUAUGCACGACGUCUACCAGUACUGGUCCCCUCCUUCACAAGACGUAGCUAGGAUUCCUGCCUUCACUUGGACCCGACUCUAUUAUGAUCUUGGGGAAUAUAUAGUGCAGAGACAAGCUACAGGACAUACUGUAUUAGCCCUAUAUCAUCGGCAAUUUAUAGAAGUCGCAAGACAAAGAUAUUUGCAAGAAGAUGAUUCCGUGAAAGUUUAUAAAGUUUUAAGUGAAUAUUUUUCCAACAAGUAUGGUGAAGGACAAAAGAAAAGCUUGGCGCUGAAAAUGUGGGACAGACCCAAAGAAGUCGACAGGAGAGUUGCAAAUCAGCCUCUUCAGUUUUCCAACGCUGUAUUCAACGUGAGAAAGAUGCGAGAACUUCCUUACUGUCUUCUUCAAGCUGGAUUAUGGGAUGAAUUGAGAGAAAAUGUUUUGGCAAAUUCUCGCUGGUUGAAGACAAAAAUUAAAGCAUUUUCUAUAAAAGAAGCGAUAGAAGAUUUUGAUCUUGCUUUGAAACAGCAAUCCGAUACUGAAACAAGGUUAAUCAGAGAUGCUAUUAAACUUGCUAAACCAACAUUGGAAUUCCCAGCUGGAGUGAGAAAUCAUCUGUUUGCUGAAUUGUUUUGUCGAUUAAAAUAUUUCUCGGAUGAAUUUCCACAAUUUCUUGGAAAGCUAGUCAACAAAUGUUAUAACUCACUGAAAGAUGACAACGAUGAAGUCCUCUUGCCAUUGAAUGGGUAUUUUCAACCUCCAGGUGGACCACUGCGUACCACGAUCACCGGUUUUCAGACUCCAGUAACACAGGUCAAAUUUUCUUCCGUGGAAAGUAUUUUUGCUGCUGGAUCUUCGAAUGGUUCUUUGAUGGUUUGGGAUACAAAAAACGACGAGGUUGUGCACAGGAUUGACGCUCAUUCAGACGCUGUUCUUUACAUUGCUUUUACAGAAGUAAAAGGGAACAAUAAAGUAGCGACAUGCUCAAAAGAUAAAAUGGUGAAAAUGUUUUAUUUGGAUAAUGGAAAUCAGUGUUUUGAAGCGAUUAUGCCACAACUGGAGACAACGAUUCAUGCUAAACUACAUUUGACUGCAAAUAAGAUUGUUUGCGUGUCAGAUCAUUUGUUGCAAUGUUGGGAUUCAAUCACAAAAGAAUCGAAAUUAUUGAUCAGUAUUGACAAUUGUGUUUCUGCUUCUACAAGUUUUAUCUCUACCGAUCGUAACAUGGUCAUCGUUGGACAAGAAACCGGCAAAUGUGUUGGAUUUGACGUUGAGACAGGUCAAGAAACAGGAUCGAUGGCACAUCCAUCGGACUCAUCCACUCCAAUAUCAUCUAUAAUUGACUUGCAACCUGAAACUAAUAAUAUUCUCGCUGUAUGGGAAGAUGGCUCUUUAUCAUCAUUGCUUGCCAGAACAUUUGAAAUCGUAAGCACUACGUCUAGCAAAAACGCUAACGUGAUCGAUUGUGACCGAUCACGUGAUGGAUUCUCAAUAUCAAUUUCGUUUUCAAAUGCAGUGGAAGUUUACAUUGUCAAAGAUGGUCAAAUAAAGUUAACCCACAGUGUAAAUGAUCAUCAUGAUGCCAUUACAAAGGCUAGAUUUGUCGACGAACAUACCCUGGCAAUUGCUUACGCUACGAAGAAAGUUGUUCUAUGGAAGCUAAGAGAUGGAAAUCAGUCACAAAUAAUUAAUACUUGGGAAGGUACAGGAGCUUCGAUCGAUCACCUUGAGAUUGGGGAACGUGUGGGAGUUACAGCUUCUUCCCAAAUGUUUUAUCUUAAACUAUGGGAUCUACGCACAGAAGAUGUUAUACCACCGCAUCCUAGCUUGCAACUUGAGGAAACAACAAACACACUGAGUUCGGAUGGAAAAUAUAUAACUUAUGAAAAAGAUGGAAAAGUGGUCACACAAUGCAUUGAAGACGUUAAUAAUAUAAAAGAAUCAAAUGAAAACAUUCAGAUUAUACCCGGCUUAGACUCUCAUGCUGUCAAAUCAGUGAAAUUCUCUAACCAAGGCCAAAGUGUAAUUGUUUUGCAAAUGAAUGGAAAAGUCAUGAAGUUUGGCAAUGAUAUUUCAUUCAUGAAUGAAGAUACUAAGGAUUUGCCAAAUUGUCCUAAAAUGGAGGAACAAUCAAGUUUUUUUGAGGAAGGAAUCCACGUUAUCCUAAUUUUUAUUCCGAAAGAUGAAAAAUACAUUGGAGCUGUCAUUAAAUCUUCUGACGAAAAGACCGCUUCUAGCAUUCUCUUACUAAAUGCUGAUGAUUUGACAAUAUCCAGACGAAUAAGCUUGAGCAAAGCCAAAGAAAAUGGCAACGUUACAGCGAUACGUGCGAUAGAAAAUGCUAUUAUUCUUGGAACUAGUACUGGAUGUCUUUUUCUUUACUCUAAAAAUAACGAAGGGCAAUAUCGUGAAAGUGGGGCGUUUUCGAGUCACCAGAAUUCUAUUACCUGUAUAGCUGUGAGCAACAAUGAUAACCUCCUAUUUUCUGGAUCAACGGGACGAGUUCGACGAAUAUGGACGUUGAAGAAUGGUAUCGCAAAGGUAAAGCAUGAACUACGUUUUGAAUCAUUGCUUGAGAGUGGAGUCACUUGUGCACAAUUUUCUCCUGGUGAUAAUUAUCUUUUCACGGGAUCAAAGGAACGUUCGAUUACUAUUUGGGACACGGAAACAGGAGAACUUCUUGGGGCUCACUAUGUGUAUGCACCAGUGCUUGACCUUGUUAUAACCACCGACAGAAGACUGGUAUUCACAUCAGAGUUAGGAUAUAUAGCGAUGGCGAAAUUCCGACCUCCGAAUGAAAGUAGACGUUCAUAUGUAAAAUCAAGCAAAAGUCAUUUGUCAAACAGAUCGUCCACAUGCAUUUUAAUGUAAUACUGCAAAUUUUCUUCAUAUAUACAUAAACUAUAGCAUAGCGUACACUGUGAAAUAUGUAGAUUACAAAUAUUUAUGUAAAUUCUAAUGUAAUACCACCAAACGUAGUUGCAUGAAAUGUAACAUGCUGAAUUCACGGAGAUUCGUUUUUAUGUACACUGUGAAAAAUGUAGUUAAUUUGUGCUGUUUUAUUUGUAACAAAAGUAGAAAAACAUGCUAAAUUUUAAGCAGGGUUAAAAGUAAAUCACGCAUUCUUUUCAGUAGCAUAUUAUUCAAACUUGGUCAGAGUCUCAUUCGAAGAGAAUAUGUCGAACACAGAAUAAAAGAGAUGAAUUAUUCUCAGAGACUAAGUCUAGAUUCUAGAAUAUAUAUGCUAGAAAAUAAUCUGGGUAAAUUGCAGAAUGACCAAUGGCUAUUUUGCGUAAUUCGUGAUCAACCAGCGCCACGACGUCGGAGAAAUGUUUAAUCAAGUCCGUUCCAUACGACUUCAAGCUGUUUUGGUUCAUAAUUUCGACUGGCGGGUUUUACCUUUGAAAUUUAAACGCUGGUGCCAAGUCUAACAUCAGCAAAAAUCAAACUUGCAUCACCAGAGAUAUAUUCAACAAACCCUGGAAGUUAGCUUAAUUUUAUUUUUAAUUUAUUUCACUUAUAAUAAUAUCCUAAAAAAUAUUUUCGAGCAAAUAAACAGUGUUUUAUACGAUUUAACUUACAUCGUAUCUCGUAACAAAUUUAGAGCAAAGAAUACUAGUUUGAAUGCUUAGGCAUCCCCCUGGUUUGACGAUUGAAGAUUUCUGGCACAAUUUUAGAAGUAUAAAACGUGGAUUGUAGAACAUAAUGCUGGGAAUAAAAAUGAUAAUGGAUACUGUGUCUCAAGUAUGCAAGUAAAUUAAAGAUUAUUGA